AUGGAUUAUGACAAUAAUUCUUCUAGUUCAAGUGAUGAAAUAUAUGAUAACAUGAUGUUGGAUUGGGUUGAAGAGAGUGAGAGUUUGCGACUUACAGAGCAGGCAAUAACUUAUGUUGUUGCCUCAACCAUUCAACAAAAUGUGCCAAAUAGGUCAAGUAAGAAGAAACGAAGGAAAGUUGUUCCUAGAGAUCGUGAGGGGGCUAACGAAAGAUUAAUUAGGGACUACUUUUGUAACCAGCCGUUGUAUGAUGAAGGCCAGUUUCGGCAAAGGUUUCGCAUGCGAAAGGAGGUUUUCCUUCGCAUUACUAAUGCUUUGGCUGCAAGUGACUCCUUCUUCAGACCGAGCGAAGAUUCUACUGGGCGAUUAGGUGCAUCAACUCUACAAAAAUGCACUGCAGCAAUACGACAAUUAGCAUAUGGUACUUCAGCUGACCAAGUUGACGAAUAUCUGAAGUUGGGUGCAAGUACGGCAAGAGAAUGUCUUACCCACUUUGUUAACGGGGUGACAGCUCAAUUCUCGAACGAUUACCUAAGAAGGCCCACGGAUGAAGAUCUUCACCGUCUUCUAAGUGAAGGAGAACGUCGUGGAUUUCCUGGGAUGAUAGGAAGCAUUGAUUGCAUGCAUUGGCAGUGGAAAAAUUGUCCAGUUGGAUGGAAAGGAAUGUACCAAGGUAGAUCUCGAACAACUACUAUCAUUUUAGAAGCUGUUGCUUCUAGAGAUCUUUGGAUUUGGCAUGCAUUUUUUGGGAUACCUGGGUCUUGCAACGAUAUCAACGUACUACAACGUUCUCCUGUGUUUGAUGAUAUUCUUAAUGGUCGAGCACCAAACGUCACUUAUAUAGUUAAUGGAAACACCUAUCAUAUGGCAUACUAUCUCACAGACGGGAUAUAUCCAAAGUGGGCAGCAUUUGUUGAUGCCAUAACCGCUCCUCAAACUCCUAAACAAACGAUGUUCACCCAGCGACAAGAGAGUGCUAGAAAAGAUGUGGAGCGUGCCUUUGGGGUGUUACAAGCUCGAUUUGCAAUAAUACGUCAACCAGCACUAGCAUGGAGUAUCGACCUACUAUGGAAAAUCAUUAUGACAUGUAUUAUCAUGCAUAACAUGAUAGUGGAAGAUGAACGAGAUACCUACGCAAAUUAUCAAGACCCGAGUGAAUUUGCCCAAGAACGACCUUCAAAUCAAGGUGAAUCAUCCCGAACCGUUGUUGAGCCAUUUACCAUCACGAGAGGACGGUAUGAGGAUAGAAACCUUCAUAACUUUUUCACUCGGAGGGAAGAUCUUCAUGAUAGGAAUAUACAUAUGUCUUUAAAGAACGAUUUGGUCGAUCACAUAUGGAACAAGUUCGGGGUUCGACAUGAAUAG